GUUUGAUCGGAGGGGUUUUGUGGUGGUGGAGCAAAAAUUAUUCAUCUAGGAGGGCUGCGGGUAGUUGCCCGUUUGCUUUGUGCUUUGAUUUGGCGGACCAAUUCGGUGUUAUGGGAUUGUGUUUGAUUGCUAUCAAACUCCAUAUCUUAAUCCAAGGAGAAGGUUGCAAGGGUGAGAUCUGUAGGUGGCAGCGGAUGACGACUUCAUCAACGGGGUGUGGUGGAGAAUGGUGCCGGACUUGGCAGAACAAGUUUUGAAAGUUUUAGUUGAAAACUUUGGUGCUACCCUAGAGGAGGGCCAUGACCCGCCUGCCAGUUGGGUAGCCAUAGUGGCUACUUUUUACUAUGCAGAAUUAUAUACUUUAACUAUUGUUAAUGUAGUCACUAAAUACAGAUAAUUUUUUAUA